AUCAUAAAGAGAAACGCAGAUGAUAUAACCAGUAAUGACCGUGGUGAAGAUAAAGAUAUUCAUGAACAGAAUAGUAAGAAGCCAGUUAUGGUCUAUAUCCAUGGGGGAUCUUACAUGGAGGGCACUGGUAACAUGAUUGAUGGCAGCAUUUUGGCCAGCUAUGGGAACGUCAUGGUUAUCACCAUUAACUACCGUCUGGGAAUAUUAGGGUUUUUAAGUACUGGUGACCAGGCAGCAAAAGGCAACUAUGGGCUCCUGGAUCAGAUUCAAGCACUACGGUGGAUUGAGAAGAAUGUGGGAGCCUUUGGCGGGGACCCCAAGAGAGUGACUAUCUUUGGCUCGGGGGCUGGGGCUUCCUGUGUCAGCCUGUUGACACUGUCCCACUACUCAGAAGGUCUCUUCCAGAAGGCCAUCAUUCAGAGCGGCACCGCCCUGUCCAGCUGGGCAGUGAACUACCAGCCGGCCAAGUACACUCGGAUAUUGGCAGACAAGGUCGGCUGCAACAUGCUGGACACCACGGACAUGGUAGAAUGCCUGCGGAACAAGAACUACAAGGAGCUCAUCCAGCAGACCAUCACCCCAGCCACCUACCACAUAGCCUUCGGGCCCGUGAUUGACGGCGACGUCAUCCCAGACGACCCCCAGAUCCUGAUGGAGCAAGGCGAGUUCCUCAACUACGACAUCAUGCUGGGCGUCAACCAAGGGGAAGGCUUGAAGUUCGUGGACGGCAUCGUGGAUAACGAGAACGGUGUGACGCCCAACGACUUUGACUUCUCCGUGUCCAACUUCGUGGACAACUUUUACGGCUAUACUGAAGGGAAAGACACUUUGCGAGAGACUAUCAAGUUCAUGUACACAGACUGGGCCGAUAAGGAAAACCCGGAGACGCGGCGGAAAACGCUGGUGGCUCUCUUCACUGACCACCAGUGGGUGGCCCCCGCCGUGGCCACCGCCGACCUGCACGCGCAGUACGGCUCCCCCACCUACUUCUAUGCCUUCUAUCAUCACUGCCAAAGCGAAAUGAAGCCCAGCUGGGCGGAUUCGGCCCAUGGCGAUGAGGUCCCCUACGUCUUCGGCAUCCCCAUGGUCGGUCCCACCGAGCUCUUCAGUUGUAAUUUCUCCAAGAACGACGUCAUGCUCAGCGCCGUGGUCAUGACCUACUGGACAAACUUCGCCAAAACUGGUGAUCCAAAUCAUCCAGUUCCUCAGGAUACCAAAUUCAUUCACACAAAACCCAACCGCUUUGAAGAAGUGGCCUGGUCCAAGUAUAAUCCCAAAGACCAGCUCUACCUGCAUAUAGGCUUGAAACCCAGAGUGAGAGAUCACUACCGGGCAACGAAAGUGGCUUUCUGGUUGGAACUCGUUCCUCAUUUGCACAACUUGAAGGAGAUAUUCCAGUAUGUUUCAACAACCACAAAGGUUCCUCCUCCAGACAUGACAUCAUUUCCCUAUGGUACCCGCCGAUCUCCUGCCAAGAUAUGGCCAACGACCAAACGCCCAGCAAUCACUCCUGCCAACAAUCCCAAACACUCUAAGGACCCUCACAAAACGGGACCCAAGGACAUAACUGUCCUCAUUGAAACCAAACGGGAUUAUUCCACUGAAUUAAGUGUCACCAUUGCCGUUGGGGCAUCGCUCCUCUUCCUCAACAUUUUAGCCUUUGCGGCGCUGUACUACAAAAAGGACAAGAGGCGCCAUGAGACUCACAGGCGCCCGAGUCCCCAGAGAAACACCACAAAUGAUAUCACUCACAUCCAGAACGAAGAGAUCAUGUCUCUGCAGAUGAAGCAGCUGCAACACGAUCACGAGUGUGAGUCGCUGCAGGCACACGACACGCUGAGGCUCACCUGCCCACCAGACUACACCCUCACGCUGCGCCGGUCGCCAGAUGACAUCCCACUUAUGACGCCAAACACCAUCACUAUGAUUCCAAACACACUGACGGGGAUGCAGCCUUUGCACACUUUUAACACCUUCAGUAGAGGACAAAACAGUACAAAUUUACUCCACGGACAUUCCACCACUAGAGUAUAGCUUCGCCGUAUUUCCCCUCCUGUCCCUGUGCACCACCUGCUCAGCAACAUAGAAGAGACAAAGAGAAUCUCCAAACCAGGAAUGUUUUGUUGCCACCGACUUUAGAUAAAAAUGCAAAAGGGCAGUAAUCCCAUCCCAGCAGACACUUCUCAUUGGCAUUUUCCGGUAUUGUGAGAUCAAUUUCUGACCAUAUGAAAUGUAAAUAGUAUCUGUUUUUGUUACAAUACUGCUUUAAGAUCUCCAUCAUGCCAACAGAUAUUUUAUGUGACUAGGACAUUACCAUUUCAAGGACCUGUGUGUUUCCAACAUCAUGAUAGCAGCUCACACUUCCAAAACUCAGCCAGGGACACUUAAUAUUUUUUAAUUACAAUGGAAAUUUAAACAUUUCUAUCUAGGCUACACAAUGAAUGGUUCUUUUUAAGUGCAGAAAGAAUCUAUAGGCUUUUAACCAGCACAUACAGCUGUAAUCCAGAGAGAAGGAAAUGUAGAAUUUUAUUAUCAAAGUAAAAGAACUGACAGCACAGCAAAAUCCAUAGGGUUCUGUGGAAAGAGGUGUUUUGCCAGCCUGAACUAUAUUUACGAAACUUUGUAAAAAAUAAAAACAUAUAUAGCUGUUGAGUUCAAACAAAAACUGCAGACAAACAAAAAAGAGAAAGGCUUUUAUUUGUGUUUUCAGUUUGAAAGAACUUUUAGCAAGGUUAUACUUUCACAUAUAUAUUAGUUAUACCACCUCUCUUCCUUCACAACAAAAGAGACGUUUCUUUUUAAUUACAUGUAAACAGAGACACGAGAUUUUCUGACAUGAGAUUUUCAUUUGUAGGAAUAUGUGAGGUCAAACAGAAGACUCAGAAGUUUUGUGUGGCCUAUUUCUGCCUGUCAGGUUGCACAGAUGCAUGUAGAGCAUUCUUAGGAGACCAUUGUUUUGGUGAAAUUUGGUUUGUAUGUGCUAGUUUUCAUGAAAUUGCAGCACAGACAUGGGUCCUAAAAGUGGGAUGUAUUUAAAACUUGUUGAAUUACACACACACACACACACACACACACACACAGAGAGAGAGAGAGAGAGAGAGAGAGAGAGAUUGAAAGAGAAUGAACGGAGGAAAAAAAAAAAAAUACAAGUACUGUUCUGUAGCUCUUGCCCUUUGAAUACAUUUGGGAAGAGUUACUUCCUAUUUCAGGACCCUGCCAAAAAAGAAGAAAGCUUGCCUUUGGUGGGACUAUGCCCCUUGGAGUAAAUACUCCUCUAUGUUCCCUAGCAGCUGCUGGAGGAUUUGGCUGAUGAAGUACCUGCUCAGCUUAGCUAAUCAGAUUGAAGGAAGACAUGUGUGUUUUCUGUUUAAGCACCCAAUCCCUUAUUUAUCAGUAAGCAGAUUUUUAAAAAAUAUUUUGUAUCAUUUAUGGGAUAAAACAUAUGCUUGUCUGAAAAUACCACUUUUUGUGGAUUUAUCUGAUCACCAAACAAUGAAUA